AUGGAAUCAAAUAUCUUGGAUAGGCUCCUUGAUCUUGAGGAGCAGUUCUAUCAGGAAGGCUAUGAACUUGGCGUUGCUGAUGGCACCGAAGCCGGCUAUACAGAGGGAAGUGUUUUCGCUGUCGAGCAAGGCUUCGAGAAGUUCGUUGAGAUAGGGCGUCUCUAUGGCAAGGCUCUAGUCUGGGCCCAACGUCUAGCAGAUUCCAAGUCCUCUGAGACAGUGGAACAGCCAUUGGCCCAGGCAGGCAACUCGGACCUGUCUCUCGAUCCAUCAAUAUGUAACGGAAUGCCUCGUCUCUCUGCGCAUAGUGCACGCUUGACAAAAAACCUUGCCACCUUGAUGGAGCUGGUGGACCCAGCUUCUAUGGACAUGUCCAACACUGAAGAUGCCGUGAAUGAUAUCGAUGAGCGUCUGAAGGGUGCUGCGGUCAAAGCCAAGCUUGUCCAAAGAGCUAUGGGCGAAAGCGAGGAGUCAUUGGGAGCAUUAUCGCUUGCUAAAGAUGUGUCCAAAUCAGGAGAUGGCACUGGCAGCAUUGAAGAUAUCAGCUCUUUAAGCAUCCGUCACUGA